UCCUCUCGUAUUGCUGUCGCUACACUUUUUCAGCUGCUGGAUUCGUCGUGGCGUAGGUGGUGGCAAGACUUUUAAAAUCACUUUUUUUCCGACCAGGAUUUAAUUUUUCAUCAGAAAACCAAUAGAGUUCAUCUGUAACAGCAACUUCAGUCUUGGAUUAUAUGCGUCAAACAAACCGGAGUGGCCAAAACACAGCGAAAAGUAGCACUUUUUUGAAGAGGAGAAAUGCGGAGCAAAAAAGGCGUCUAGAAGGAUGCUGUUGCUUGUACAAUGGAAUUGAAGAACUCUUUUGCUGUUGUUGCGGUGGUUUUUCUAUUUAUUUGCUCCAGUGUCAGCCAAGAACUCAAUCCUAAAGGCCGGAAUGUGUGCAAAGCGUCAGGGUCAUCAGGAUUUGUGUGCUGCAGUGGGUGGGGGCAGCUAGGGGAUGAAUGCCUGACACCUCUCUGUGAAGGAAACUUUACCUGCAAGGAGAACGAGGUGUGUGUCAGGCCCAAUGAAUGCCGCUGUCGUCAUGGAUAUUUUGGAGCUAGCUGUGACACCAAGUGCCCUGCCCAGUUCUGGGGCCCUGACUGCAAAGGGAAAUGUACAUGUUACCCCAAUGGCCAGUGCGAUGACUUGACAGGCGAGUGUACUUGCAACCACAAUCGUUGGGGACCUAACUGCGAGAAUGCUUGCUUGUGCCAAAAGGGCAAGUGCGACCAGGAGACCGGCAAAUGCACAUGCCACCCUGGGGUCUGGGGUCCUCAGUGUAACAACAACUGCUACUGCAGCAUCAACUCGGUGUGCGAUGCAAUGACAGGGCGCUGCCUGUGCAACCCUGGUUGGACCGGGCGGAACUGUGCAAUCCAAUGUAACUGUAAUAAUUCACCAUGCGAUCAGUUCACGGGACGUUGCCAGUGCCGGGAGAGGCUGUGGGGCCAGCGGUGUGAACGAUACUGCCAGUGCGUCCAUGGCAAGUGCAACCAGGCGGAUGGCUCGUGUACAUGCACACCAGGGUACCGUGGAAAGUUCUGCAGGGAACCCUGUCCCGCCGGGUUCUACGGACAAAACUGCAGGAACAGGUGUGGGCACUGCAAGGGCCAGCAACCCUGCAAGGUGACAGAGGGACGCUGCAUUACCUGCGACAGAGGCUGGAAUGGGACGCGGUGCGACCAGCUUUGCUCCAAGGGCUUCUUUGGCGAAAACUGCCAGGAAGUGUGUCCCACCUGUAAGGACGGUCACCACUGCGACCCCAUUCACGGCAAGUGCUCUCACUGCAACCCCGGCUGGAUCGGGGACAGGUGCGAGGUGCGCUGCCCCAACGGCACGUAUGGCGAAAACUGCGAGAAUGACUGCAGUCACUGUUUUAACGGCGUCUGUCACGUUGUCACCGGAGAGUGCCUGUGCGACUCGGGGUUUUAUGGGACCUACUGCAAUAUGUCCUGUCAGCCUGGUCAGUACGGAGUCAACUGUAACCAGACCUGCUCCUGCCAUGACAAGAACUGCGAUCCCGUGUCCGGUGCCUGCAACCUCCAGCCCAACCAGCGGAUGGGUGUGAUCGCAGCGGGAACCCUGGUCUCCUUUUUGCUGAUUGUCCUCCUCUCGCUGCUGUGCUGCUGCUGCCUCUGUCGACAUAAAGACGACCACAAUAAAAAAGCCAAGCGGAUCCUGUGUGGACGAUUCAGCCGAAUCAGCACCAAACUCCCUCGUAUUCCACUGAGGCGACAGAAACUGCCCAAAGUAGUCGUAGCCCACCACGACCCAGAGAACACCUUCAACUGCAGCUUCAUCGAGCCCCCCUCAGUGGCUGAGCAGCCGUCCCCCUCCUCCUGGUCCUCCCAAGAGUCCUUCUCUUCCUUUGAGAGCGGAGACGAAGGGCCAGUUUACUGUGUGCCCCAUGAAGAGUCUGUGAAUGAGAACAAGGACAAGAGUAGCCCAAGCCCUGCAGCUGAGAAGACAGAAGCUGUCCCAAAUGAGGAGGAUGCAGGGGAAUAUACCUCCCUGAAAGACACCAGUGUCACAAAACCAGAAGGGACUGAGCAGCCGCUGCUCAAGUCCUCCGACAGUGAAGGCUCCACCAGUGGCUCUGAGUCUGCAAUCGGGGCCCUCUAUGCCCGCAUUGCCCGCCUCUCCAAGCACUCCAAGGAGGAUGAAGGCAGCGGCAAGGAUGGGGAUGGCACUCCUACACCGGAGGCCAAACGUAAUGGAAAGCCACCACCUUCACCUGGCAAGCCCAAACCGCGCCCACCGGACCCAUCUACGAAGCCCAAGGUGUCAUGGAUCCAUGGAAAUGCUACAGGGUCUCCACAGCUGGACCAGCAGGGGCAAGGGGUGAUGAAGGCACUCACAGUGCCAAAGGAGAAAAAGAGGAGCUCUAGUGAUGGCUCAGCCAAGAGUGAGGAACAGCAGAAAAUGAAGGAUCAAGCCAAGGAGAAGAGCCGUGAGCAGAAGAAGAAUCAGGAGGCGAAGGGCACCGAUGCCAAUGGCUCUCCCAGCAAACACAAAGCUCAGAGAGGUAGCAAGUCUGGGGAGGAGCACAGCAGCCCCAGCCACAUGGAGCACAUCAAUGGUGUGGUCCAAAAUGCCCUCAAGAAGAUUAGUAACUUCCACAGCUCCUCGUCAGACAAGAAGAGUUCAGACAGUACGAAGGAGUCCCCCAAGGAGCCACCCAAAAGCCCCAAGGUCAUCCACCCUCAUAUGAACUCUGAGGCCGCCACACUCCUGGCUGCUCAGCUCAAGGAGAAAACCCAAAGCAUCAACAGGAAUGAGGGGACAGGCCUGACGAAGACCAAUGGGCUAUCCACGCCUAAGGCCAACCGGGAGAAGCCCACACCGCCACAGAAAGCCAAGAGGACCCCGUCCACUGGCUUGGGCCAGCAGGGCUCCACCAAGCCCUUACUACCCACCUCUAGCAGCCUCCAGAAGAUGGUGGCCCCUGUCACCACCGACCCAGGGACCCCCGAUGCCAAGAGCCCGGAGAAGCAGGACUUGAACGGCUCAAGGGCAGGGGACUCCACGCUGGAUCCUACACCAAAGAAGACUCCCAUAAAAAAGCCACCCAGAAAGAAAGGCAAGGAGGGUACGUUGGAUACGUCGGAAAACAAAACACCCCAGCAAAAGACAGCCAUUAUGCCACCACAGAUAGUGAAAUAAAGAUUUUUUUAAAGACAAAUGGCAAAGGUAUGCGAUGGAUUUCCAAAGGACUAAAAUGACUUUGUUGGAGGGUGAACCACAUAGUUUUUCAACCAAGGAAUUUAUACGUUUUUUGUGUGAGUGU